AUGGCGAGGAUGCUCGAGUUCAUUGUCAUAGAUUGCCCGACUGCCUACAAUGUCAUUUUAGGGCGACACGCAUUGAUAGUGUUCGAGGCCAUAAUUUUUGUUCGACAUAGAUAUGAAGUUCCUUUCACCCACUGGAAUCUGCAUAAUAAGAGGGGAUCAGCUUGGUACCAGGCAAUGUUAUACGUUUCCAUGAAUCGAAGAUCACAACUCGGAAAGCAAGCCAUGGUGAUAAUUGAGGAAAACGAGGAGCCCAGGGCGAUGGUGGUCGUCGAGGGGGCACAAGAACCUCAAAUGAAAGAGGACGAGGUCGCCCAGCGAGAAGAAAUUGACCCUAGGAUAGGCGUAGACCGAUUUGAGCUCCAAGCCUUGGAGAUGUUAGAUGAGUCUAAGCUUGAUCAUGCAUACCCUGAAUUUGUAGAGAAAAAUACCUGCCAAGUAGCAAAAGAGAAGGUUGUUGGGAAAGGAAAGAUGAGAAGCUCUGGAAGAAGAGGUAGCUCACCUCCUAAAAUGCAGAUCAUUAGUGAGGCAAAAUAUCCAACGUGGAUAGCCAAUCCUGUCCUAGUUUCAAACCCAAGCAGGAAGUGGGGGGCCUGUAUCGUCUUCUCUGGCCUCAAUAAGGCCUGCCCAAAGGAAUAUUUUCCUUUACCAAGGGUUGAUCAACUUGUUGAUGCCACAACUAGUCAAUGA